CCUCUACAGCACAGAGAUCCAGCCAUGGUACCUACUAUCACUUCAGCUAUGAUCUACUCUAAGGAGCACCUGUCUCUGAAAAACAAGCUAAGAAAGCCAGUGGUGAAGAAGUUACGCAGAUAUCGUAUCAACAACAGCAUUGAGCAUCUCAAGUCUCUCCUGGUUCCAGAGAUCCUCAAACAGCAGCCCGACUCCAAGCUGGACAAAGCCGACAUCCUGGAGAUGACAGUUUGCUUCCUGAGACGACAGCAACAGAACCAGCCAGUGAGCUCCUCCUCCUGCUGCUCAGCACCUGUCAAUCAGGGUUACUCCAGGUGUGUCCAAGAGAUUGUUCACUUCCUGUCUAAGGAUGAGGUGAAGACACAGUCCCAGAGAAGACUGCUGAGCCACUUCCAGAGCCUGCAGCCAUCCUCUGAUAAGAACAGCAGGGAGGGUGACCUGCCUCCGCUGAGCUCCCCAGCCCAGCACAGCAUCAGCAAAGAGAAGUGUCCUGUCAACAGCGCCCUCUGGAGGCCCUGGUAGAGUCCUACAGACUGGAGCUCCAAUCAGACAAACACAAUGGAUGGACCAUAUUGGUCCAAGAUUAAUUUCAUGGAAAGUAAUGAGAAUAAGAAGAUAUCAUCUUCAUCUAUGUUUAAAAGUCUUGCUGGGAUUGAGACAUUCCAUUUCAGUUGUACUGAAGUUAAAAGGUUUUUCCAAGAAAACAAUCUUAUCUAUGAAAACUACGUUUUUGUAGUGUUAAUUGAAAUCAUCAUAACCUUUAUGUUUUGUGAAACAGGUUGAUUAUAUUGAUCAUGUGUUUAUAUUCAUGAUCAACAAUAACUUGAAUUGUCCUUCAUCAGAACCUUAAAACCAAAAUGGGUGUUAUAUCAUCAAUCUUUUUGUGAUUGUCUAUGAUUAAUCUGUUUAUAAGGUCAAAAUAUCAAUAAUUUUUUCCCACUACAUUUGUGUAGUGAUAUAGUCAUAUUGACAUUGUAUUGAGCAUCUUCUGUGAAGCAUGUAUUAGUUGUAUAUUUGAUAUUAAUCAACUUGAGCUACAGCAUCAAUGUUCCUCCAGGAGGAUUAUUUACCUAAACUGGGUAAAGUGGGCGGCAGGUAUCUUAGUAGUUAAGAGCGUUGUGCCAGUAACCGAAAGGUCGCUGGUUCUAAUCCCUGAGCCGACUAGGUGAAAAAUCUGU